CAGACCAAUCAAUCAAUCAAUCGGACCGUCCUCAAUUUUCAUGUUCUUUUUUUUUUUUUUAAUUUAUAUACAAACAAAAAAGAAACUCGAUUCAUAGACGAUAUUCAUCAAAGCUGAAGCUUUUUGGGAUCGUUGAACCCAGAAAAGUUUGCAACUUUCCAUGUAUCAUCCGACGAGAGGCGGUGUUCGUGGUGGUCGAGAUCAGUUCAGUUGGGAUGAAGUGAAGGCUGAUAAACAUAGGGAGAACUACCUGGGUCACAGUGUCAAGGCCCCUGUUGGACGAUGGCAAAAAGGUAAAGAUCUUAACUGGUAUGCUAGAGAUAAGAAACAAGGGGGUUCCAACACGGAUGCUAUGAAAGAGGAGAUUCAAAGAGUUAAGGAACAAGAGGAACAAGCCAUGAGGGAGGCUCUGGGCUUGGCACCAAAGUCCUCUACAAGACCACAAGGAAAUCGCCUUGACAAGCAAGAGUAUACUGAACUUAUCAAAAGAGGUUCAACAGCCGAGGACCUGGGUGCAGGGAAGGCUGAUGCAGUUUGGGUUCACGGCAUUGGCUACGCAAAGACACCACGACCUUGGGAAGAUCCUAGCACCCUUGCACCACCCUCUCAGACAGAAGAAGCAGGGCCAGCACGUUUGCCAGCAAAUGCUCCAGCGAUCAAAACUGUUGAAGAUGUACCAAAUGAUACUGAGAGGAACCAAGAGAAGGAUAAGCACGAGGAAAGGAAACCUGCGAAGAGAGAUAGGGAAGAGAGACAUGAAAGGCGUGAAAAACAUGAAAAGCGCGAGAAACGUGAGAGGCAUGAAAAGCGACACAGUCGUGAUUCAGAUGACAGGAAGAAGCACAAGAAAGAGAAGAAGGAUAGGAAGAGGAGGCAUGACUCCGACUCCGAUUGAGUUAAACUGUACUGCUGUGUCUCUUGUUCUCUUACAGGGGAGAAGCUGUCUCUUCUGCAAGAUUUAAAGAUCCUUAUCUCAUUUUGUGUUCAAACCAUGGAAGUAAAGAAAAACCCUAUGAAUGUGUUUGUUUGUUGAA